ACGUCAUUACUGCGACAGAGUCAACUACGCUCUCGAAGAAGACGUUGUACGCUCGCUAGAAUGGAUCAGCUUUGCAAACUUUUUGUUGGUGGAUUAAAUGUUCAAACUACUAGCGAAGGACUCCGUGCUCAUUUCGAGCAGUACGGGCACCUAAACGACUGCGUUGUUGUUCAAAACGACCAGCUUCAGCGAUCACGCUGUUUUGGCUUUGUAACCUAUUCAAGUGUUGAAGAGGCUGAUGCAGCAAUGGCAGCUAGGCCACACAUUGUUGAUGGUAAAAGCGUGGACUUGAAAAGGGCAGUGGCUCGUGAAGAUGCAGGCAAACCUGAAGCUCUUGCCAAAGUAAAGAAAAUAUUUGUUGGGGGCCUGAAAGAAGACAUCGAAGAAAAGGACCUAAAUGAAUACUUUUCUCAGUUUGGUGUCAUCGAGAAAGCAGAAGUCAUCACGGAUAAAGAUACUGGCAAGAAGCGUGGCUUCGGUUUUGUACACUUCGAGGACAAUGACUCUGCGGAUAAAGCAGUUGUGCUUAAGUUUCACACGAUAAACGGGCACAAAGUAGAAGUGAAGAAGGCACUCACUAAACAAGAAAUACAGGCUGCUGGUGGAGCCCGGGUCAGCAGGGGCAGAAGAGGCGGUGGAAUGGGAAGAAAUCAAAAUGGUUUCGGUGGCGGAAGAGGUGGUUACAACAGCUAUGCUGGUGGCUAUGAUGGAGGUUAUGGCGGCGGAUAUAGCGGCAACUACGGAGUGGGUUAUGAAGGCGCAUACAGUGACCAGAUGGGAAGCUAUGGUGGUGGCGGCAAUGGCUACGGUGACUUUGGUAAUGGCUACAGUCAACAGUCGUCUGGUUACGGGCCUAUUAAAGGCGGAAACACUUAUCGGAGCAUGGCCCCUUAUCCUCGUGGUGGUGCCUCUGGCUAUGGUAGGGGUGGAUAUUGAGGCCCAUGUUAAAAGCAGUUGGAUGAGUGAAAGUCGUCAGACUAUCCACAUAUUUCUUCAAAGCCUUAUGGAACACAUCGCGCCAUUUGGUUGCUACUCAAUGCUACAAAAAUGGCGGAUAUUAACCCCACUAUCGGGUAGGCACAUGGCUUCCAAGCAACCUGACUUUUGUUGGACGACACGUUCCAGUCUACUUGGAAUCGGCGCAUCAGAUAACAUUCAUCAGGACAUCUUGGCUAUCUUAUACAGUGAUUUAGCUUUCUGCUCUUCAUUUUUCCUGAAAACCUGUGUUGGCAGUCAGUGUUUUAGAUUUCCUGUUGGCUAGCUCAACAGAUGUAAGUUGUUUAAGGUCCCCCCCCCCUUUCCUGAAACGCCGCACUAUCAUGUACUUCACCAUUAUAUUGAAACUUUGUCUCUUCUUUGCGGUCAUCUGUAAGACCACCAUUGCGUUAAUUCGAAUGAACAUACUUUUUCAUAAAGGCGGUAUCACUUUGUAGAAUAACGUCUUUUAUUUACACUAUAGUCGCGUAGUUUAGGUAUAUUCUCCUAUAUGGAAUAAAGUCUGACGUAUUUUCUCUUUUUGUCUGUAAAACUUUUAAGCAUUGAAGCAAAUGUGUUGUUUGUGGUCCCCCCCUUUUUUUUUUUUAAUAAAAAAAAAAUUAGUUAAA